CUCUAUGUAGAGUUUAUUAUUUUUUAACAGGAGUAUAUAUAUAUUUUUUUUACUACGAAACGCCAGAUUCAUCGAGCGAGACGCACAAAACGGCGGAAAUAAGAUGUUUUGGGCGUUCUUUAUCGCCACAGCUCUGGCGACAGAGUCGGCCAUGGCCGUGUCGGUGAGCAGCCCAGUGAAGCGCUAUGUGGUCAUCCUGUUCCAGCCGGUCACGCUCAACUGCAAUUUCCAGACUUCUGCUACACAGCCGCCGGUGGUCACUUGGCGGUAUAAGUCGUACUGCCGCGACCCGGUGCAGGCAGCUCUCAAUCCCAGCAGCGCCGACAGCAUCCUGUCACAAAACAACCCCAACUACGACCCCAACAUCGAGUGCGCCGAUAGCCAGCGCACGGUGCGCAUUGUGGCUUCCAAGCAGGGCACCGCCGUCACGCUUGGCACCGAGUACCAAGGACGCAAGAUCAGCGUUAUCAACAACGCCGAUCUGAACAUCGCGCAGACGGCGUGGGGCGACAGCGGCGUCUACGUGUGCUCCGUCAUCUCCUCACAGGACCUCACGGGCAACGGAGAGGACUACACAGAGCUCAUUGUCUUGGAGAGAAAGUCAAAUGCUACUGACCUGCUGCCGGGCAUUGACUUACUGGUUAUGGAAGAUUGGCUGCUUGUGGUGGUGGUGGUCCUGGGCUUCCUGCUGUUGCUACUACUGAUCGGCAUCUGCUGGUGUCAGUGUUGCCCGCACACAUGCUGCUGCUACGUCAGCUGCCCCUGCUGCCCGGACCGAUGCUGUUGCCCGCGGGCACUGUAUGAGGCAGGUAAGGCGGUGAAAAAAGGCAUGGCCAACCAUUAUGCCACCACCCUCUACGCCCCCAGCAUGUACGCCCAGCCGGCAUACAGCGGGCCGUUCGUCCAGCAACCCGCCAUGCCGCUGCUUCCUCUGCCCAAUGGCGUCGGGGUCCCGCCCUCACAAAACGGGUAUGGACGAGAGUACGACGGCGCUAGUUCCGUCGGUCAAGGCUCCCAGGUGCCUCUGCUGCACGAUCAAGAUGGUGGUGGUGGAGACCAUACUCGGAGUGGCUAUCGGAUCCAGGUGGAUCCUGAAGGCAACGCCACGCGUGCCAUUUACUACAUGGAGAGAGAGCUCGCCAACUUGGAUCCGUCCAGACCCGCCAACUACAACCGCUUGGACAACGUAAGCGAGGUGACUUCGCUGCAUGACACUGCCGACCCGCGAGCCCGCGGUGGUCGCCCACAACCCCCACCGCUGUCCACGGUGUACGAUGAGGAUGAGGGCAUGAGCACCAUCAGCAGCGUGUCGCAACACGUGCACCGACGUCCAGACGACCCACCACGCCGAGGCUACAUGGGUGACCGGGCCCGCGCCCGCUCCAUGGAGAACCUGGAUGACAUCGGGCGCCGCUACGGCCGCAACAACUACCCGCCACCCCGACGCCCGGAUGAGCCCCGAGGCAGGAGAGGUUCUGACGAUGAUUGGAGCAGCAGUGGCCGCGCUGGCUACGAUAGAGACGACCGCAGACGUCGCGACUACUCCCCGGACGACUACAGACGAGGAGGAGGUGGCGGAGGGUACGGCGCCCUUCCGGGGAGACGCAGCCGCAGUCGCGACGACCUGAUGGACCUGGAGAGGGACCGGCGACCGGGCGGCGGCCGGGACAGGAGAGAUGACUACGAUGACAGUUUCCUGAGAGAGGCCUUGGAGAGGAAGAGGAUGGGGGAGCAGCAGAGGGCUCGCAGCCGGGACCGACUGGAGAGUGACGGGGAGCGUUCAGACCGAGGGAAGGCGCCGCUUCCCCGGGGACCCCCGCCGCUCCCCCUGAACCCACCCUCAGGACCCGCCGCUCUACCGCCGCCCUACAGCGAUGACGAGAGCAUGACAUCGUCUAAGAAAAGCAACCUGCGCAAGAAUGGAGCCGUGAGCCGAGAGAGCCUGGUGGUGUGAGGCAACUACAACAGUAAGCAACCACCAAAACAAGUAAAUGUUAAGGUUCUGCAGUUUUUUUUUAAUUUUAUUUUAUUUUUUUUUACAAAUUUGAUGUGCUGAGUUUUUUUUAAACUACUUAGAAACCUUGUUGCAAAUUGAAUAUAAAUGUUUGCACAUGAGUGUGAGAUGCACAAAGUACCUUUUGUAAUUUUUUUUUGUACCAAACAUUGUGGCUGCCACAAGUGCCUUCAACUGUACAGAAGUAGAGAGGUUAUGUUUUAUUCAUGUACGUUUUAUUUAGCUGUAGAAAUAGAGGGAUUUGAGGAGAUACUGUUUAGAAUAAUUUUAUAUGUAUUUUUUACAUAAAUUCUACCAAUUUAAAAUGUGUUGUACAGUACAGCCGACGGGGAAAAUGUUAAUUUGUAACAUGAUGAAAUAAACCCUCUUUCUUGCUUGGCCAUCGAUGCGCAGUGGUAUUUUCAACCACUAGAGGCCCCCAACAGUGCACUAAGCUUGGGUUCAUUGUCACUUAUAGGGACAUUUCUUUUUAGAAUAUUCAAAAACCAUGCAAACACAUUUUUAAAAAGUAAUUUGUGUAAAUAUGUGUAUUUCAUAUCAUCUGCAAAUAACUCGACCAUGUGUCCAUUAAAAAACGUUUUACCACUUUUUACCAAA